UGUAAGUUAGAAAGAAAGUUUAAUCUCAAUGAAAUGCACAAGCCUGGCGAUGUGGUACUGGGUGGGUUGUUUGAGGUCCAUUACACUUCUGUCUACCCAGAGAGAACAUUUACCUCAGAGCCUCAACAGCCUCACUGCACUGGCUUUGAUAUUGUAGGGUUCAGGAAUGCAAUGACUAUGGCAUUUGCUAUUGAAGAGAUCAACAAGAAUUUAAAUUUGCUACCUAAUGUGACUCUUGGAUACAGUCUUUAUGACAACUGUGGUGCCCUUGUUGUUGCACUCAGCGGUGCCUUAUCACUAGCCAGUGGCCAGGAGGAACAGUUUCUGCUUCAGGAGAACUGUUCAGGGAUCCCUCCAGUCCUUGGGCUUGUUGGUGAUCACUACUCAACAUUUUCCAUUGCUAUUUCCAGUGUGCUAAGUUUAUACAAUAUACCUAUUGUGAGUUAUUUUGCCACAUGCUCCUGCCUCAGUGAUCGUCAGCGUUUUCCAACUUUUUUCAGAACCAUCCCAAGUGAUGCUUUCCAGGUGCGUGCUAUGAUUCAGAUUCUAAAACACUUUGGCUGGACUUGGAUAGGUCUUCUAGUCAGUGAUGAUGAUUACGGACUCCAUGUUGCCCAAUCCUUCCAAUCUGACCUGGCUAAAUCUGGUGACGGUUGUCUGGCCUACUUAGAGAUUUUGCCCUGGGACAGUGACCCAAGUGAACUGAAGAGGAUUGUACAUUUGAUAAAGACAUCGACAGCUCGUGUGGUCAUAGUGUUUGCACAUGAGAUACACUUAAUUCAAUUAAUGGAAGAGGUAGCGAAGCAGAAUGUGAUAGGUCGCCAAUGGAUUGCAAGUGAAACAUGGACAACAGCGUCAGUGCUCCAAAGAGCCCACCUCACUCCGUACCUGCGUGGCACAUUGGGCAUUGCCAUCCGCAGAGGCGAAUUACCAGGGCUGAGGGAAUUCCUGUUAAAAAUACACCCAGACCAAAGUGACAAUGGAAGAUACAACAAUAAUUUGGUAAAUCAGUUUUGGGAAUUCACAUUUCAGUGCAGAUUUGCACCAGCUCCUGCGGGCUGGCUGGAAGCUGGAGGAGUGCUAUGCACUGGGCAGGAGCAUAUUGAAAAUGUGGACACUGAGUUUUUUGAUCUUUCUAAUUUCAGGCCUGACUACAAUGUGUACAAGGCCGUGUAUUCUCUCGCAUAUGCUCUUAAUGACAUGUUGCAUUGCAAGCCAGGAACAGGACCCUUUAGAGGGCACAGCUGUGCUACUUUGCAAACAAUGGAGCCAUGGCAGCUCAUACAUUAUUUACAAAAUGUCAACUUCACCACUCCAUUUGGUGAUCAAGUAUCCUUUGAUGAAAACGGUGAUGCAUUGCCAAUAUAUGAUGUCAUGAACUGGUUACACCUACCUGAUGGGCAAAUUAAAGUUCAGAAUGUUGGUGAGGUUAAAAGGUCAGGCUUUAAAAGUGAAGAACUCACCAUUGAUGAAGAUAAAAUGUUCUGGAAUUUUGAAUCAGGAAAGCCACCCCAAUCAGUGUGUAGUGAGAGCUGUCUUCCAGGCACCCGGAUGGCUAGAAACAAAGGACAACCAGAGUGCUGUUUUACUUGCAUUCCAUGUUCAAAGGGAAAAAUCAGCAAAAACAACAAUUCCUUGGAGUGCAUCAGUUGUCCAGAAGAUUUUUGGUCAAACCCUCAGAAUGACCACUGUGUUCCAAAGAAGACAGAGUUCCUGUCCUACCAUGAGCCUCUGGGUAUUUGUUUGACAACUGCCUCUUUGUUGGGCACAUUUAUCUGUGCAGUUGUUUUAGGGAUCUUUUUCUAUCAUCGACGUACACCCAUGGUGAGUUAUUUUGCCACAUGUUCCUGUCUGAGUGACCGUAAAAAGUAUCCAUCCUUCUUUAGGACGAUCCCAAGUGAUGCUUUCCAGGUGGUGAGGCAAAAUGUAACAGGCCUACAGUGGAUGGCCAGUGAAGCCUGGACAACUGCUGUUGUGCUCCAAACACCUCACCUCAUGCCAUACCUGGGUGGUACACUGGGCAUCGCUAUUCGUCGAGGAGAAAUAACAGGGCUCAGGGAAUUCCUGUUACAAAUACGUCCUGACUUGCAUCACAACAAUAGCUAUGGAAAUAGCAUGGUGAAUGAAUUUUGGGAAUUCACAUUUAAGUGCAGAUUUGAACCAGCUCCAGCAGGCUGGGUAGAAGGGGGUGGUACAUUAUGCACUGGACAGGAAGAUUUGGAAAAUGUGAACAAUGAGUUCUUGGACAUUUCCGACCUCCGGCCUGAGUAUAAUGUGUACAAAGCUGUUUAUGCUCUGGCAUAUUCCCUUGAUGAGAUGCUGCAAUGCAAGCCUGGAAGAGGACCUUUCAGUGGGAACAGCUGUGCCACAUUACAAACACUGGAGCCAUGGCAGCUUCUUUAUUACUUGGAAAGGGUAAACUUCACCACUCCAUUUGGUGAUCAAGUGUCAUUUGAUGAGAAUGGUGAUGUGGUGCCAAUUUACGAUGUGAUGAACUGGUUGUGGCUCCCUGAUGGAAGCACUGAAGUUCAGAAUGUUGGUGAGGUUAAGAGGUCAGCUUUCAAAGGUGGAGAACUCAUACUUGAUGAAGACAAAAUCUUCUGGAACUUUAAAUCCAGAAAGCCAGGUCGAUCAGUAUGCAGUGAGAACUGUCCUCCUGGUACCCACAUGGUGAGACGGAAGGGAGAACCCAAAUGCUGUUUUGACUGCAUCCCUUGCUCCGAGGGAAAAAUAAACAAUAAGAGCAAUUCUUUGGAGUGUACCAGUUGUCCAGAGAAUUUUUGGUCAAACCCCCAGCGUGACCACUGUGUUCCCAAGAAGACAGAGUUUCUUUCCUACCAUGAGCCUCUGGGAUUUUGUUUAACAGCAACCUCUUUGCUGGGAACAAUUAUAUGUGCUGUUGUUAUAGGGAUCUUUUUCUUCAAUCGCAGAACACCUAUAGUGCGUGCCAAUAAUUCAGAACUUAGUUUCCAGCUACUGCUGUCACUUAAGUUAUGUUUCCUGUGUUCACUGCUGUUCAUUGGACGACCCAGGCUUUGGACAUGCCAACUCAGGCAUGCAGCAUUUGGGAUCAGCUUUGUGCUGUGUGUCUCUUGCAUCCUUGUAAAAACCAUGGUUGUUCUGGCUGUUUUCAAAGCCUCCAAGCCAGGAGGGGGAACCAGUCUGAAGUGGUUUGGUGCUAUGCAGCAGAGAGGAACAAUUCUGUUUCUUACAUCUAUUCAAGUAGUCAUCUGCACUGCCUGGCUUGUUUCUGCUUCUCCUACUCCAAAUAAAAACACCCAAUACCACAAUGAUAAGAUCAUUUAUGAGUGUUCAAUUGGGUCUAGUGUUGGUUUUGGAGUGUUAUUGGGUUAUAUUGGCAUGCUGGCUUUCCUCAGUUUUUUAAUUGCUUUCCUGGCAAGGAAUCUCCCUGAUAGUUUUAAUGAGGCCAAGCUCAUCACAUUCAGCAUGCUGAUCUUCUGUGCUGUGUGGGUGACCUUUGUUCCUGCUUAUAUCAGCUCACCUGGAAACCAUGCAGAUGCAGUGGAGGUAUUUGCGAUCUUAGCCUCAAGCUUCGGCCUGUUAGUCGCACUGUUUGGGCCCAAAUGUUACAUCAUCCUGUUGAGACCAGAGAUGAACACAAAAAAAGUUAUAAUGGGCCGUGGCACUCAAUCAUAA